AUGCAUACACUCAGCCCCACCGCUUCCUCUUCCCUCUCACUCGCCAGGGGCCACUAUAUCUAUUCUAUCACCCCGUCGUCCCCAGCAUUAUUCGCCGCCAUCUCAUCAGAUGAUUCUCUCCGCGUGUUUGACUCAAACACCCUCAACCAUGCUUCUGUAGCUGCCACAAACAUCCACGAGGGCGUUACCCUAUUAAAGACAUAUGACGCAGGCCAGCAGCUGUUAUCUACCGCGGGAAGAGAUGGCAAGGUAAAAUUAUGGGACCUGCGCGGCGGCAAGAGCUCCGCUGUUCUAGAAUUAGAGACCUCACAGCAAGCCCCGGUGCUAUCUAUUGCUUGCUGUCCGGAAACCAACAGUAUUGUGGCUGGGACUGAGCUAACUUCGUACCAGGCUACUGUCGCAUUCUGGGAUAUCCGAUCACCGGGUCAAACCCGUCUUCAAUAUAUCGAGAGCCACAGUGACGAUGUCACCGAGCUUCAAUAUCACCCAAUCCAUAAAAACAUUGUUCUUUCAGGGAGCACAGACGGCCUGGUCAAUAUCUAUAAUACAUUAAUUACUGAUGAAGACGAUGCACUUAUGCAGGUAGUUAACCACGGCUCUGUGCAUCAUGCGGGGUUUCUAGACCAGGAGACUAUUUACGCCUUAAGUCACGAUGAAAACUUCUCGAUCUACCCGGUGACCAAUCCGGAUGAACAGACGCAGGGGCCUGACCCGGUGCAAUUCGGUGACUUAAGGCAACCUCUUGGCUGUGAAUACAUUACACAGCUUUUUAUCAGUAACCAGGGGUCGUAUAUUGCCGGGGGUAAUAAAUUGGAAACCCGUCUGGACUUGGUGCCGCUUAUCUCCACCCCAACAUGGAGAUUUGACCAGGAGAAUCUGUGGCGUCUACCAGGCGCCCAUGGUGAGGAGGUUGUGCGCUCGGUAUAUCUGGAUGGGCAGUCCCAUACUGUAUUCACCUGCGGUGAAGAUGGGUUCGUUCGUGCUUGGAAGCCUGAGGGAACGGGCCAGGCUGAUCCCCAGAGUAAGGGUGAUGUCAAGGUGCCGCGAAAGGAUAAGAAGGAUAAAGAAAAAGGAAGAUAUAAGCCUUACUGA